AUGGCGCACGCCUUGGACGGUGGCGAAGCCAAAAACACCGGCAGUGGCCGUCCGCUGGCUUCGCUGCCGAUGGCGCCGGCGCACCGGGAGCACAACUGCAUCCACGAGCACCUUGGAGAGCCUGUCGAGCCGCGCCGGCGCACGCGCCAGCUCUACGAGGCCAGUGAGGGAGGGCCGCCGCCGGAGAAGAGCGGCCCGGACGAAGGCGAUGGCGACGCGAGCGGGAUGCAGCCGCUGCGCAUCGUGAUCAACACGGACGCGCUGCGGUCCGACCCGGGGUACACGUGCUUCCGCGUGGGCGAGUUCGUGAACGGCCAGCCCUGCCGCCAGGAGCAGGUGCUGACUCCCGUCAAGCGCUCGACGCUCGAGGAGUCGCUCAUGCCGCGCGCCGCCGCGUUCUUCUCCAAGGCCCUCUCGGUGAAGCGCGUGGUCGGCAAUUUAAGGCUCGGCUCCUUUCGUUGCGGCUUUAGCGGCGGCGUGGCGGUGCCGCGCGAGUAUGCCACCACCGGCGUCGAGGGCGCCGACAUUGUCUUCUUCGUCACUGCGCGGCCAAUUGCGGCGCAGACGGGCUCGGACACCAUCGCCUUCAGCGGUCACUGCGAGGUGGACCAAUUCGGGCGGCCGAUUGCGGCGCAUUUCAACUGGUCGCCGGUUCAUUUGGACGUACCAAACAGCGACUUCGAGUCCACGUACCUCCUCCGCGUGGCGCUGCACGAGAUGACGCACGCAUUAGUCUUUUCGCCCGGGCUCUUUGACCAGUUCCACCGCCAGCCGGCCACCGCCUUCUUGCCGGCCGUCGGCGCGUGCAGCGGCGGCCGCACUCGCGCCAUCGUGACGCCCCGCGCGCUGCGAGUCGCGAGGAACCACUUCGACUGCCCCAAGCUUGAGGGCGCACCGCUAGAGGACGGCGGAGGCGCGGGCACGGGCGGCGCUCACUGGGAGAUGCGACUCUUCCGGGACGAGUACAUGACGGGCUCCGCGUCGCCGGGCGUGAGGGUCAUCUCUGAGCUCACCCUGGCGGUCUUUUCCGACUCGGGCUGGUACGCCGUCGACGGCUCCCUCGCCGAGCCGUUCGCUUGGGGCGCGCGCGGCGGCUGCGCGUUUGCGCUCGAGGGGUGCGACUCGGAGGUUGCUUCGUCGGUCUGGCACCGUCCGGGGUACCGCUGCUCGCAGACGCACGAGACGGGCUGCUCGUACGACCGGCGGGCGGAGGUGUACUGCGACUUGCGAACCUACUCCUCCUCGCUGCCGCCGCACCAGCAGCACUUUCCGGACCGGCCCGACGUCGGCGGCUACUCGGUCCUCCUCGACUACUGCCCCGUCUUCCGCCCGUACGCCAACGGCAACUGCGCCGAGGCGGCGGCGGGCUGGGAGCGGACCUCUGAGGAGCGCGAGAACCUGCACUUGCUGCACCCGCCUCUCACGCUCUCGUUUGGCCUCCCGGCGCACGAGCCUAGCGGACCCGACGGGACAGACGUCCUCGCCUCCAAUCUCUCGCUGCUCAACGGCACUCACGCGCUGGCGGUCCAGCCGCCGUUUGGCUGGCUGACCUACUACGCGGUCGCCGACGUGCUGCUUUCCGACUCUCUCGGCCGCACCGCCUACAUCUUCGCGGGGUACACGAUCGCGCCGGACCCGCUGCAGUACGCCGCCACGGCGGCGCUCGUCGUGCUGCUCGUCGCGCUCUCCUGCGCCCUCCCCGCCUACUUGCGCGCCGGCUGCGCCGCCGAGAUGCGCCGCCCGCGCCACGCAGCCAAGGCGUUGCGCGGCGCGGCUGCCACAGCCGCUGCGGGCCAGGGCGGGGCGAGCAGCCAGCGCAGCGCGGGAGGAGGGAGCAGCGCACUCGUGUGAGGGGGCGAUGGCGGCCCGCCGUCGGCGGCGCGGCGGACUGAGGGACGGUUGUCGGUUGCCCGCGCGCGCCACGAACUGGCGAGGACAGACACAAACCUGAGAGCUGAUCGUGUCUGGUGUGUCUGGCGGUGCGCAUGCCAAAUAAACAAAUAAAUAAAACGGACCAGGAGAUGGGU